AUGUCAGACAACGCACCCACCAGCAUUACGGCAACCCGAGCGCGGAUGCUGGUCUGGCUCGCGAGGGGCUGUGAUGAUGCCUUUCUGGGUACCGAGUCCAAGGACGAGCUCCAACGCAAGCUGCGAGACUGGAUCGACCGCCGCUUCGCCAACUACGCCGCGAUCAAGGAGUUGCGCCGGACUUGCCAGCAGGCCACGGAGUCCAUCAUGGACCAGCUCCAGAACGGCGCGAUGCCCGACCGCGCCAGCAUCCUGCACACCCUCCAAAUGUCCGAAAGACUCAAUGAGCAUGCAGAGGUGCUGGAUGGGCAGCGGGAGAAGAUGAACACCGAGGCCACCUACCUCGUCCAGACCCUUAAGGUCAAGCACGGUGUUCACUGGGAGAACAUCAGGCCUGAGCCUAAGACUGAUGCUGACCAUCUGGUUGUGGGCGCCUUGAUGGCUCUGGGCCAGCAGGACAUCACCAUGCAAACCCUGAUCGACCUUGAGGAUGAGGAGGACGAGGACCAUCUGCGCGAGAACAGGGAGCGUCAGGCGGUUAUCAUGAACGGAGUACUUGAUAUCCUCCGCCGUCAGCCUGCCUGA